AUGUCAGACGACGAGGAUUUUAUGCAAGAGUCGGAUGAGGAGCAGUACGAUUUCGAGUACGAAGAAGACGACGACGAAGAGACGGGCGAUGUCGAUAUCGAGAACAAGUACUACAACGCCAAGCAGCUCAAGCUGUCCGAUCCAGAAGAUGCCAUCUCCGAAUUCCUAGGCAUUCCGCCACUCGAAGACGAGAAGGGAGAAUGGGGCUUCAAAGGUAUAAAGCAGGCCAUAAAACUCGAGUUCAAGCUGGGCCAAUACGACAAGGCUGCUGAACACUAUGCCGAGCUCCUCACAUACGUCAAGUCAGCUGUCACACGGAACUACUCCGAAAAGUCCAUCAACAACAUGCUCGACUACAUCGAGAAAGGCGCAGACGGUCCCGAGGCUGUCAAGUGCAUGGAGCAAUUCUAUUCCCUCACACUCCAGAGCUUCCAGAGCACCAACAACGAGCGCCUAUGGCUCAAGACCAACAUCAAGCUAGCGAAGCUGCUCCUCGACCGAAAGGAGUACACGGCCGUCUCCAAGAAACUUCGGGAACUACACAAGACCUGCCAGAGAGAAGAUGGCACCGACGAUCCCAGCAAGGGUACAUACUCACUUGAGAUCUACGCCCUCGAGAUCCAGAUGUUCGCCGAGACCAAGAAUAACAAACAGCUCAAGGCUCUGUACCAGCGCGCCCUCAAGGUCAAAUCUGCUGUACCACAUCCCCGAAUCAUGGGCAUCAUCAGAGAGUGCGGUGGAAAGAUGCACAUGAGCGAGGAGAACUGGAAGGAGGCCCAGAGCGACUUUUUCGAAUCAUUCCGAAACUACGACGAAGCGGGCUCUCUACAGCGAAUCCAAGUUCUAAAAUACCUCCUAUUGACCACUAUGCUGAUGAAGUCCGACAUCAACCCCUUCGACUCCCAAGAGACCAAGCCCUACAAGACGGACCCCCGAAUCUCGGCCAUGACGGACUUGGUGGACGCUUAUCAACGGGACGAUGUUCACAUGUACGAAAAGGUGCUGCAGCGUAACCAGGACAUUCUGGACGACUCGUUUAUCGCUGAGAACAUUGAUGAAGUCACGCGAAACAUGCGAACCAAGGGCGUGGUUAAACUGAUUGCACCCUACACCCGCAUGAAGCUGUCGUGGAUUGCCAAGCAGCUCAAGAUCUCCGAACCCGAGGUCCAAGACAUUCUUGGUUUUCUUAUUAUUGACGGCAAGAUCAACGGCCGAAUAAAUCAGCAAGAGGGACUCUUGGAGAUUACGUCUGAUGCAGAUGCCGAGCGCAUCGCAGCUCUCCAGGGACUCACAACUUCCAUCUCUGAACUGUUUGGCGCUGUAUUUAGAGACGGCGAUGGCUUCCGCAACAUUGAGCAUUCGGCUGCGGACGAGCAGAACAUAGAGGGAGGUCUUUUACUUGGAAAGGUAGGCAGGCCUGGAGGCCAACACCGCGGGAAGAAGGGCAAGAUCGCUGCCGCAGCGGCUUGGGCUUGA